AUGGGUUGUUGUGGAAAUAUUAAGACUGAAAAAGGCGAACUUGUUAUUGGCGAAGGAGACGUUGUCAGACCGUCUACAGAUUAAGAUUAAGAUUAGCCGUUCGCACUUGCAGGGCCGGGGAUCUGCACCCCUUCACGCUCAUCGCCUAUGGUGAGGCCUCGGCGGACACCCACUCCUUGUUGCCUCAAACAAGGGAUUCGCACCAACAUGGGUUGUCUUUCCGAAAAUCCAUAAAAAAUGGAUUUUCUGGUCGACUGUCGGUAGAAGGUAGAACUCGAUAGCCUGGGACGUAACGCCCAGUUUCACGCUAGGGAGUUGCCCGAUUGGUCCAGUGGACUCUGCUGGGCUUCCCCUUUCCAACCUCCGUGCUCAUCUUCCCCACGAGGAAAAAACACCUCUGAGUUUAGACUUGGGCUAGGCUCUGAACACAACCAGAAUUGCUUACCUAGCAUUGCCGUCCAUUUCUGAAGUAGUAAAACCUUACCGGAUAUAAAUAAAAUAUAAGUCGAGUAUGCAUGGCCGGGAGGCCAUGCCCAGACGAAGACGCCAUAUUUUAUUUAUAUACCGUCUACAGAUAUUUCGAAAAUUAUAGCAACAAAAUCUACAGAAGAGAAUGAAGCCAAAAGAAUCUCCAAAGUUUUAGUAAAUUAGAUUAGAUUAGAUUGUGCCAUUCGCUUUCGCAAGGGCUUGGGAUUUGCACCCCUACACGCUCAUCAUCCCUGAGGGAUCCCAGCGGACACUCUUCCUUGUUGCUGCAAACAAGGAUUCGCGACUAUUCUUGACUUCCAUAGCUCCUGGAGUCUAAGGGCCAACCACCUGGGUCGAAACUCCUAAUUUCUCGUUAGGUAAAUACCGUCUUCAGGGUCUGAGGGUCAUAUUGCCCAUCAGUCAUUGGCCGACCUUGCCCUUUCCAAUGGUUGUACCGGAGAAAAACUCUAAGUCCAGGGAUUAGCUCCCUGAGGCUGAGGAAAACCCAGCCCGACUAUACAUAUAGGAUUGCCGGCCCUUUCCACCUAAAUCUCUAACACUGGGCCCGUUGCCUACUGCUGUUGAAGAAAUAGGGUCGAGAGAUCGGGUGGUCUGUCGUCACCAUUUUUAUGUAUAUAAAGUUUUAGUAAAAUAAUUUCCAGGUUCCUAUAAUGAAACAAUCGGUUUUAUCUGAGCAAACAGGGACUGAAGAUGAUAUUGAGCUUAUUGAUCUUCCUUUGCCAGAGGAAAGUUAUAUGGAGAACCGGGAAUGUGAUACGUCUAUGGCAGUACCAGGAAUUUUGCUUGCUCAGUGGAAAAUGCCUAUUAAGUUAAGUAAUUAA